AUGUCGGAGCUCAGUGACGUCAUGAACGGCGUCAUCCGACUCCUCCCCCUUCUCCUAUUUCAGGGCGGCAAAUUCAAUUACCUGGCGUGCAUCCACUCCACGGCCGUGCUGCCGACCGAACCUCCUGUGAGAGAGCUCGUUCCCAUCUACCAUCAACUGAGCCAAGACCUGCACUUCUCAUUUCGGGCCAGCGGGUGGCAGCAACGCACCUCAGAACUGCUAAUCGCAAGAAUUGACGUUCAUACCAUCGUGGAGCAACCGCCUUUCAUCAUUGCUGAAAAAGAAAGUUCUGUGACCAUCGAAUGCAAAGUCUCCUCCCUGUCCUCUUCCUUCUCAGUGUUCUGGACUCUGGGCUGUGAGGAGAGACGGCUUGUCGGGAAAGAAAGCAGAGUUACCUACGAGUCUUUAAACCGAGUGAUUACCAUAUCAAAUCUGACCGAGUUUGACUCUGGAAUAUACUGCUGCCUGGCGGAGACAGUGGAGGGGAAAUUGGUCAGAGGGAAUGGAACAAGACUGGAGGUGACCAAGACAUCUUGUUCUGCAGAUCCGUGCCACUGUGAAAAGGGGGCGCUGUUACUGACAAUGGAAAUUUUACGUGUGAUCGCUCUCAUCAUCCUGAUCAUCCUUCUUAUUAUAGCUAUCAGAAGUUCCUAUAAGAUUUCUAUGUUGUGA